UAUUUCCUUUUAAGUCUUAUUUCUUUUAGAGGGAAUACGAUUUUGCGAACGCCGCUCUUACCUGACAAAAAACAAAACGAAGCCCUUUUUUGCAUUCUCGUCUCUCCACACGACGAAGCUGAUCACAAUACCGGAGCGAACGGUGUCAGUCAAUGGCGAGGUCAUUGCGUCCCCACUAUCAUCCAGCUGAUCUUUGAAUCUCUUGCACCAAUAAAACCACAAGCUGGCCACAACAGGAGCACAAUCGCCUGGUUUCGUUCAAUACGAAGCCCAGUGCGAACGGGUUAAUCUUGAGUUGGAGUUCCGGUAUCGGAAGGGGUAUCACAUUUUCCGUAUUAUCACCAUUCGUCGGCCACACAACAGCAAUCCCAAUCGAUGAAAGCGAAGAAAACGAGCUGACGCUAUCCAGGAAGAGACAAUACGUUUCGCCAUCUGUGAAGCCAAGAGACAGUGUACCCAGCAGGAAGACACGGCCAACAGCUCCUUAUCCUACCCUCCUUGGUCACCUCCUUGGUCACCUCCUUCCAAAGCCCAACCAAGCCUAUGACACCUGUACACAACCACCAUGAUGCCCAUCAUCUGGAGAUGCUACAGAGCGACCAUGACGGUGACUAUGGGAAUUCCAGCAAGCAUUCCAUGGGCAGUCUUCUGGGUAGCACCACCACCAAUAGCACCAACACGGGCAAGCGCAUGCUGCCCAACGCUGUGACCAACGCUCUGGGCCUUACGUCGAGUCCUGCUACUAGUAGUUCUCACGGGCGGAGUGCAAGCGAAGCUAGCACCACAUCCAGUCACACCAGUGUGGAUCACAGUAGCACUCACGAAUACAAUGUGGGAGAGGAAGAAGACGGCCAUGAUAGUGCCAUGCUUGCACGGGUUUCGAGCAUUGAAGUGACGCUGUCAUCAUCGUCAUCUUCUCCAAUGGAGGAAGUAGCAGCCACAGCAUCCAAGUCUAAUGGCAGUGAAACAAAGGCAGACGAAGAAAAUAUCCAAUCCACUGUUGUAGAAGCGCUAGUACCGAGGAUGGAGAGCUUACCGCACCAGUCUACUGGGGAAGCUUCAGCAGAUACCUCAUCGUCAUCCUUCAACUCACAGAUGGGAGAACUGACCGGGGCCUGCUCCCCUCUCCCUGUCCCUGAGGCCCCAGAACACCACACCAUUUCUGAGAAGAGGCUCAGAUCAAGUUCCGAAGAAGAAAAAGUGGAAGAAGACACUGAUGUUCCGGCUUCCAACACAGCCCCGCCAUCUCCUAGCACUGCUGCUACUGCUGCUGCUGCGGCAAGACCUCUGCAACGGAGCAAGAGAAUGGCGCACCAGGCGCCAAUGAUAAAACAUCACAGUAGUGGCGACAGUUGGGACAUGCAAGAGGAGGAGGAAGCACAUGAUGCACUGACAGGCAUGAAGGCCGCUCCUGGUGAUAUCAACAAUCCACUGCAACGAUCCAAUGAACUACCCAAAAAGCUAUCACUGAACAGUCGUCGCAGCGUCGAGUUCUCUCACGUGCACAUUCGAGAGUAUAAUGUCGCUAUUGGAGACAACCCCUGCUGUUCCUAUGGGCCACCAAUCACCUUGGAUUGGGACUACAAUGACGACCAGGGUGAUAUCCCACUCGAUGUCUACGAACAAAAUCACUUGCUAGUCAAACAUUCCAUGAAACGACGAGCCCGACGAUCACUAGUUUUGAAUUAUACCGAAAGACGCGCACGGCUGUGGAGAGCGGGAUACUCGCUAGAGGAAAUUGAUGCAGCCGCCAAAGAGCUGGAACGUCUCAAAUGGCGACAAUCAAUGUUGGGGAACUUGGAGGCAUUCUACCGACUUCAGGAAGCAUGGGUGCUCUACGUCAAACCGGUAGUCUUUCCCAAGGAAAGGAAACGACAGGAAAUGAACCGGCGGUUGGAUUUCAUUGAACAAAAGGUUCGGGACGAACAUUCGUCACGAUCAUUGGCACUCUCCGAGACGGUCUCAAUACCUCACCACAAGGAAGACGACGACCAUGUAAUUGAAAUGGACGAUGACGAUCUCGAGUUUCAAGCAGGCGGUGUGCCUCAAGCCAUCGUGAUAGAAGGGCUCGACGGUCUAAUGGACCAAGAGCAACAACGAGAAGAUAAGGAACAAGCGCAACAACAACACCAACCAGGAAGCUCCAGUGAUGCACAGAACAAUGGAGUCCGGCGCGAACCCAGCAGCGGCAGCAGUGGGGAUAAUAGCGGCAAUUCACACAACAAUUACGGCAUCCGAGUUGACAAGAAGCAGCAAGACAAAGCCACUGAAAUCAUUUUGUGCAGUCUCCGCCGUCCUCAUAUGCGGGCCUUUCAUGCUUCUUGGUUCUCAUUCUUCGCCGCCUUCUUUGCAUGGUUUGCCAUUACACCUCUGCUUGGUGAGGUUCAAGAAACCUUGAACCUGGACAAGGCAGAUAUCUGGAUGUCUAGCCUGUUUGGUACCGCGGGGACCAUUGUCUUUCGAAUCGUAAUGGGUCCUGCCUGCGACGCAUUCGGCGCGAGACUCUGCAUGGCGUUCAUCUUGGUCGCAGCUGCCAUCCCAACAGCACUGACCGGUCUUGUCCAGUCAUCAGCCGGCUUGUCGCUGGUGCGACUGUUCAUUGGUAUUGGCGGGGCAUCCUUUGUGGCCUGUCAAUAUUGGACUAGUGAAAUGUUCUCCCGUGAAACGGCAGGGACUGCCAAUGCGUUGGUGGCAGGAUGGGGCAACUUUGGCGGAGGAGUGGCCAACCUUGUCAUGGGGUCCGCGCUCUUUCCGCUUCUUCGGUGGUUCUUCCGAGGCAGAGAUGAAGACGAGGAUGAUGAUGCCUUGAGCUCCGAGUUGGCAUGGCGAACAGUGUUUGUGGUGCCAGCGUUGCUUUCCAUCGCUACGGCUUUGAUGAUUCUUUUGUAUUGUGACGACUCACCAAAAGGUAGCUACAGAGAUCGGAUCAAAAGCGAAAGCCUCACUAAGGCCAGCCCUAUGGAGUCACUGAAGAAGUCAGCUCGCAAUUGGAACGUGUGGAUUCUUACUUUCCAAUACGCAUGCUGCUUUGGCGUGGAGGUGACAAUGACAAAUGCGACAGCACUGUAUUUCAAGGACGAGUUUGGCCAAUCUACUGUGUCCGCUGCUGGGAUUGCAUCAAUCUUUGGCCUGAUGAAUUUGUGGGCUAGAGGGUUGGGAGGCUUGGGUUCCGACAAGUGUCAAAACAUGAAGGGGGUCAAGGGACGACUCUUUUGGCAAAUGUUUACUUUGAUCUUCGAGGGUAUCGGAGUGGGGUUGUUUGCCAUUGCUGAUUCUCUGGCAGCAUCCAUCAUCGCACUCAUCUUCCUUUCCUGCAUGGUGCAAAGUGCCGAAGGUUCUACGUUUGGUAUUGUCCCAUAUGUAGAUCGGCGGUUUACCGGGUCUGUUGUUGGUAUUGUCGGAAGCGGUGGAAACGCCGGAGCUGCAGUGUUCUCCGUCUUCUUUGUGCUCUUCAGCUACAGAGCAGGGUUUAUGCUAAUGGGUCUCGCUGCCAUUGGGAGUUCCUUUCUGAGCUUUCUGAUGAAGACGGACAAGCUUGCGCAAACUCACGAUACGGUCGCCCUGGAAGUUGAACAAAGGGAACAACAAGAGGAGGAAGAUCGCAUUUUGCAGAAUGACAACAGUCGUAGUCAUCACGCAGCAUCUUACCAUUCGGCAAAUUUGACUGAGCUGCCCCUCGAAUUGCAACAACCGAAAGACAGGCGAAGUUCCAAUGACGAGGAGGCUGAUGUAUCCGCAUGAUUUCUUGCAUCUUGAAACAGUGAUGCCCUCCUCCAUCUGCUGCGCUAGGGAAAAAGCAAUCCCGCAUUGCUCAAACGGUGGACGGGUCUCGUAAGGGGUGGUCGUCCCCUGUUGCAGUGAUCUAGAAUCUCGAUGCAAAGCGGAAGAUGGCAACGCACGGCGCUCUCUGCCCAACCAGCGCUUACUACAAGCCCCACUCGAGGUGCGAAAGCGGACUCCCGAGAGUUCCUCGCCUACAACUGGAGCAAAGGUCACAGUUUAGAAUAUCCUAACGUUGGGACUCCAAAUCUGAAUAGCGCGCCGAGCAGCUAUUGGGAGGUGUUCUGAAAGUCGUUUCGUAAGGAUACCAGUGUAACUGAAUGGCACUAUAUAUGGACCUGUUUGGAAAGGACUCCACGCAUGGAACUUCUGUCCCCGGGACAAUGGCGAAUAGGAGGUGACACCUCCACAGUGACGAAAUCGGUGAGGUCUGUUACUCGAGUGCCAUGUUUGGUCUUCAGAUGACAGUCAAUGAUUCUUGAUCAGGUGUCAUGUUUCAUAUUUCCGCUAUGACAGCCAGAUAGGCUCCGGCUGGGGAGCAAAGCAGAGCCGGACCCCACCUCCCCAGCCAGUGUAGAGUAACAGCAGUCAAUAGGUACCCAGAGGCAUCGCAGGAGGAGCAAUCGCUGAGACUACUCUUAUAGCUGGCCACAAGUGCUUUUAUGUUCUGCUGCAAGCUGCUCCGGGAUAUCUUUCAGACGUGUUUUGAAUAACAAUAAUAAUGCAACAAUGAAUAACAAUAAAAAUGCACACCAUUUG